AAAAGCAGAGAGAGCAGACUGACGAAGACAGAAGCAAACAGCAUCAUGAUGAUGAAGAUGAAGAUCGCCCUGGUGACCUGCGUCCUGCUCGUCUCAUCUCUCGCUCUCGUGGCAUCUGAGAGCAGCUUUGGUCCUCAGUUUUGUUGCUUCUCGUACUACGAAGGCCGCCUGAGGAAGGCCAAUGUGAUGGAUGUCAGACUUACAGCCAGUAUGUGUGCUAAGAAAGGCGUCAUCCUCACGAUGCUGAACGGUCUUAACGUCUGUGUCGACCCAAGUGUUCAGUGGGUCAAGAGCAUCAUCGAGGCCAAGGAAAAAGAGCAGAUGGAGAACUGAGAAGUUCUGCCUCCAAGAUUUCCGACUGACCCGAUAAACUCCUCAACACCCAAAAACUUCCUGAGAUGAGCAGCAGCAGCAGCAGCGACGGAGUACAUCAACAACUUUCUCUGCUUAUAUACAGAAUAAUUCUCUAGUAGAUUAGUAUGAAAUGAAAAUCUUCUUUUAUAUAUUCUCUUCUUGUCUUUGCAUGAGCGUUUUCAUAUUAAAUCACGUGCUGGAA